UGCAAAUAUAUAAUUCUUAAUAAACACACAUAAGGUCAGCUGUUCGGCAGUGUUGGGUGUGGUUGGUAUUCAAAAAUGACGUCAAUGUGUGUAUUUCAAUGCUGUGCGAAAGAUCUGAAAGCCUUUGAAAGAAGAUUGACAGAAUAUGUAUCCUGUUUGCAACCUGCAACAGGAAGGUGGAGAAUGAUUUUAAUAGUGGUGUCAGUCUGCACAGCCACGGGGGCAUGGAACUGGUUGAUAGACCCCGAUACACAAAAAGUGUCAUUCUUUUCCUCGCUGUGGAAUCAUCCCUUCUUCACCAUCAGCUGUAUCACGCUCAUAGCGCUCUUCUUUGCAGGGAUACACAAACGAGUCGUGGCACCGUCAAUUAUUGCUGCCAGGUGUCGGACAGUUUUAGCAGAAUACAACAUGUCCUGUGACGAUACGGGAAAGCUUAUCCUCAAACCACGGCCCAACAUCCAGUAACGGUACGCUUGUGACUUCCACAGUGGACAGUGCACACUCCAGGGAAGGAACAACAGACGAGAAGGAACACGGCACUCAAUUGUAGCCGUGCUCCUGUUAAAGCUGCUGAAUUUUCUUUUAACAGAACUUUUGUGUUUGUUCGUAAUGUUAAUCAUGUAUUUUAUCUAAAUGUUUCUAUUUUUUAAAACUUAUUUACCAAAUAAAUAUUCCAGAGUUAAAAGUACAUAUUUGUCGACUCAGCUAGCUGGCUAGCCACUUUGCCAGUUUUACAGGUUUUAAUUGCGUAAACAUCCGAUUUUAUUU